AUGAAGCACGAUGGCCUGGGGAAGCUGCAUAAGAUAAUGCGAUUUGGGGAGGCGCUACAUCCCGACGAUGCAUACUUGAGCUAUUACGACGUUCGAUUGACUCGGGAGGAUAUGCAGACGCUCAAGAACGACUGGCUCACAGAUAAUAUAAUUUCCUUUUGGGAGGAAUAUCUUGAGCGCGAAUUCCUCACUCGAUACAAAUCCUCCAAUAUCGUCCUUCUCCGCCCAAGCAUGUCCUUCCUGCUGCUCCAAACCCCGGAUCCUCGUACACUCCGCGACGCCCUCCCCGACUUCUCCCGCGCAACUCACGUCUUCCUCCCUGUUAAUGACUGCCGAAACGUCUCCGAAGCCGAGGGCGGAACACACUGGUCCCUUCUGCUCAUUUCCAUAAUCGACCGGGUCGCUUUCCACUACGACUCUCUCCCACCUGGGAACAAGUGGGAGGCAUACACGGCAACCUGCAAGUUCGGAACGCUUCUUAAUCGACCUAUCCGCUUCAUCAACUUGGAGGAUUCCCCGAUCCAGGAGAAUGGGAGCGACUGCGGCGUAUUCGUUUGUCUCAACAUGCGACACUUGCUCCUGAAGCGGUUGCUCACUGCACAAGCAAGCGAGAGAGUCAGCAUGAGCCUUGCAGGGAGGAAGAUCGAUGCCCGGGCAGGUCGAAAGGAGAUUACCAGAAUCAUUGAAGGAUUUCGAAAGGAGGGCGAGCGACGGAGAUCAAGCAGCAUCAGUCCCGCUCCAAAGCGGUCAAGCAGCCCGCCACGGAUUGAAUGA